AUGUUUUUUUUUCAGUCCAGGAAAUGUUGGAUUGAAGAAACCUUUUGUAAGAGAGACUGUGUGAAAUUUAUCCCAGCAACCCGAGAUCUCCACAGAUGCUCUCCUGUGUGUCAAGUAUGCCAAAACUUAAUCAGGUGCUGCUGUGGCCGUCUGAUUGGGGAGCACAGUGCGUUGGACCCAGCUCCACCCCUGCAACCCCCGGGCGAGUUAAGAACAGAGGAAGAGUGGUCGAUCGAACGGCACACUCGAGCCAGCCCCACAGACGCCUUUGGAACCAUUGACUUUCAGGACGGCAGCCGCUCCUGCCGUGCUAAGUACCUGCGUCUGUCAUGUGACGCAAAGCCAGAGCAGCUGCUGCAGCUGAUGCUGAGACACUGGAAGAUGGACCUGCCCAAGCUGGUCAUCUCUGUCCAUGGCGGCACAGAGAACUUUGACCUCCCGCUCAGGGUGCGCCAGACCUUCAGCAAAGGCCUGAUAAAGGCCGCAGAGACCACAGGGGCCUGGAUAGUGACAGAGGGAAUCAACACAGGCGUAUCGCGAUACGUGGGGGACGCGGUGAAACUACAUGGAACUCAUAACCUCCGGAAGAGGUACACUGUUGGGAUUGCUCCCUGGGGGGUCAUUGAGAAUCACAGCGACCUCAUGGGAAAAGAUGUGAUUAGACCCUACCAGACGCUGGGGAACCCCCUGAGCAAGAGGACCUGCCUGAACGGCCUGCACUCUCACUUCCUGCUGGUGGAUGACGGUACCGUGGGGAAGUAUGGAGGCCAGCUGGAGCUCCGGCGGGGGCUGGAGGCACACCUCCAGCUCCAGAAGAUUCACCCCAGGCUGACCCAGGGGGUACCUGUUGUGUGUGCGCUGGUGGAGGGAGGCCCGGGAAUGGUCUCCCUGGUACUGGAGUACGUGAGGAGUACGCCACCUGUGCCAGUGAUCAUCUUUGAGGGCACUGGGCGGGCAGCAGACAUCCUGGCGUUCGUGCACAAACAGACCAAUGACAACAGACAACUGGAUACAGAUAUCAAGGAGGAUGUCCUUCUGAGGGUACAGAACACUUUCUGCCUGGGGAAGGCUGAGUCCGAUCACCUGUAUGGACUCCUGAUGGAAUGCAUGGACUUCAGAGAUUCAAUAACAAUCUUUGACUCCGAAUCGGCAGAGCAGCAAGACUCAGACACAGCGAUUCUGACUGCUUUAUUUAAAGGUACUAAAAUGCCUGCCCCUGACCAGCUGAGCACUGCACUAGCGUGGGACAGAGUGGACAUUGCAAAGAAACACGUUCUGGUCUAUGGACAGCACUGGAAGGUGGGUUCCCUGGAGCAGGCCAUGCUGGAUGCUCUGGUGAUGGACCGUGUCAGCUUUGUCAAUCUGCUGAUCGAAAACGGGAUGACCAUGAACCGCUUCUUGACUGUGUCUCGGCUAGAGGAGCUCUAUAACACGCAGCAAGGACCAGCUAAUAAUUUGCUCUAUCAUCUUGUGAAAGAGGUGAAACAGAGCUAUCUGCCUGUGGGGUAUCGGGUCUCACUGAUUGACGUGGGCCUGGUGAUCGAGUACCUGAUUGGUGGUGCCUAUCGUAGCACAUACACUCGGAAGCAUUUCCGUGCCAUCUACAACCGUCUACAUGGCCAAAGAAAGGUAUGGAAUGCCCUGAACUCUCCCAGCAUGCAGCUGGAAAACGAGGUCGCAGCUGUGCCCCGCCCUCACUUCUUCCGCACGGCGCAACCAUACAAACGCAAGGAGAAAGGCGUUUUCACUCCAAAAUCUCGGUUGAAUAAAAAGGCCGAGUUGAACGACUCCCAGCUGUUUGUGUACAACUUCAACGACCUGUUUGUGUGGGCAGUGCUGAUGAGGCGCCAGCAGAUGGCGCUGUUCCUGUGGCAGCAUGGGGAGGAGGCCAUGGCCCGUGCGGUGGUGGCCUGCAAGCUGUACCGGACAAUGGCCUACGAAGCCAAACAGAGCAACAUGGGCGACAGCGCUGCUGAGGAGCUCAAGACCUACUCACUGGAGUUUGGACAGCUGGCUGUUGACCUCCUGGACAACGCCUUCAGACAGAACGAGAGGAUGGCCAUGAAGUUGCUGACCUAUGAGAUGAAGGACUGGAGCAACUUCACCUGCCUGCAGAUGGCGGUGUCCUCCGGGCUGCGGCCCUUUGUCUCCCACACCUGCACGCAGAUGCUGCUGACAGACCUGUGGAUGGGGAGACUGAACAUGAGGAAGAACUCCUGGUUCAAGAUAAUACUGAGCAUUAUGUUGCCUCCCACUAUUUUGAUGCUGGAGUUCAAAAGCCAGGCUGAGAUGUCCCAUGUACCCCAGCCCCAGGAGGCCCUGCAGUUUGGCUGGGACACCGGAGGUCCAGGAGCAGGAGACAGCGGACGCACAGGCGUGAGUCACUUUGAUGUGGAAAAAGGCCACAAGAAUGCCAUCCACAACCCAGAUGUUGCAUCGCAUGGAAUUCUCUGGACGAGAAAGGUCUACGAGUUCUACAACGCCCCAGUUGUUAAAUUCUGGUUCCAUUCGAUGGCCUACCUCGGCUUUCUCAUGCUGUAUUCCUACACUGUGUUGGUUAAGAUGAGUCCCCAGCCAAGCUCCCAGGAAUGGCUGGUCAUCAUUUAUAUCUUCACCACCGCAGUCGAGAAAGUGAGAGAGGUCUUUAUGUCGGAACCACGAAAACUGAGCAUGAAGCUGAAGGUGUGGUUCAGCGAGUACUGGAACAUGAACGACUUCAUCGCCAUCGUUCUCUUCCUGAUCGGGUUUGGCUUGCGUUGGCAAGACGACCCUUUUCAGACUGCUGGUCGCAUUGUGUACUGCCUGGACAUCAUCUUCUGGUACGUGCGGCUUUUGGACCUUUUUGCCGUCAACCAGCACGCAGGACCAUACCUGACCAUGAUCACCAAAAUGACUACGAACAUGUUUUACAUUGUGGUGAUGAUGGCCAUCGUCCUGCUGAGUUUCGGGGUGUCCAGGAAAGCAAUCCUCUCCCCCGAGGAACCCCCCUCUUGGAGUCUGGCCAAGGAUGUGGUGUUUCAGCCGUACUGGAUGAUGUUUGGAGAAGUGUACGCUGGGGAAAUUGAUGCUUGUGCAGAGCAGAAGCCAUGUCCCCCUGGAGCCUUCAUUACUCCCUUCCUACAGGCAGUGUACCUUUUCUUCCAGUACAUCAUAAUGGUCAACAUCCUGAUAGCCUUCUUCAACAAUGUGUACUUUGACAUGAAGUCCAUAUCGAACAAGCUCUGGAAAUACAACCGCUAUCGAUACAUAAUGACCUAUCAGGAGAAGCCCUGGCUCCCACCGCCCUUUAUCCUCCUCAGUCACCUGACCCUGUGCCUCUCCUCCAUCCACCGGCACCAGAGGAGGAAGUCAGAGCAGGAAGCCGAGUCUGGACUGAAGCUGUACUUGUGUCAAGAGGACCUGAAGAAGCUACACGACUUUGAGGAGCAGUGUGUCACCAUUUACUUUCACCGCAAGGAUGAAAACCUACACUGCAGUCAGGAGAACAGGAUUAAAUCUACAACCGAGACGGCAGAAGAAAUGUGCGGCCAGCUGCAGGAAGUGUCAGAGAAGGUCCACUUCAUCAAGGACACGCUGCAGUCACUGGACAGCCAGCUGGGUCACCUCCAGGACAUGUCGGCGCUGGUGGUGGACACCCUGGGGGUCAUCUCGGCCUCGGACAGCCUGCAGGUGGAGGAGGCCCUGCUGGGCCAGGGUCGGCCCCUUGCCAGCUCCCAUCGGCAGCUCCCCCACAGCUGGAGCCACGUAGGUCACAUGACCCCUGUCACAGACGGCCUCUGCACGGUACCCCAGAAGCAGUACUGCAGCACCCCGCCCUCCCUGCUUCGCUGCCUCGUCCACGCCAGCCGCAGGCCGUCGCUGGACCGGCGCUGGGCUGAUGGACAGGACUGCGGUGCCUCCCAGGGAGCUCAGAGUGUGGAUGUCAAGGAGCUCGACAGAAACGGGCCAGAGCCCCCAGCCACACCCUGCUCGGAUACCCCACCUCUCAGUUUCCGGCACACUCAUGGCCACGCCUUUCUCCCACACCUAGGGAGCAGGGAGAGGAUCUCCCUGGACCAGAGGGGCAGCCACCCUCUGUGCACCAGCGAGCCCCCUGAACAUUUCUACUCCAGACCCUGGAUCUAUGACUCCCACCUCCCCCCAAGCCAGGAGGACACUAUGGAGGAGGAAGAGGACAGAGAGGGAGAGGAGGAAGAAAAGGAAGAAGAGGAUGAGGAAGGAGAGAGAGAGGAGGGUGAAUCAGCGUUUGACUCCGACACACCCAGGGCCUUUAGCCACACCUUACUGCUGUUGGAUUCUCGUUGUGAGAGUGGUAUCAGGGGGUUUGUUAACCCCGCCUUCUGUGAGGACAAGGUGCCAGGAAUUGGCCCACCAGGGCAGGGCCUGCACAGUAGGACGUGCUCCCGGUUGGCUUGCAUGUGCCAUGAGAUCCCAGGGCCUCAGCCGCGAAAGUGCUGGUCCCUCUCUGCCAGUUUGGAGAGCUUGGGCCAUCCCCCCAAACCGCCUCGCUCCUCUGUUCUGCCACUCGACACCCAUCUGGACAGAAACAGCUGGGAAGGAGGGCGGAGUCACAGCUUGUUGUCCCCGGGAGCUGAUACGCUCCUUGACUCCAGCCAAAACAAAGAACUGUCUAAAUCAUCCGAAAUAUAUCCGUCAAAGAGACCAGGAAACAAAAAGAAAACACACAGCAGAAAGACUGUUAAAAUUCAAGAGAGUGAUGAAAACGUUUGUGGGAGAGGAAGCGACGGUCAUCUCCACCACUCCCAGGGGCUGCUGGAGCCCUGCUGGAAGAGGAGGCUGAGAGGAGACGAUGCAAUGCGCAGGAACUGGUCGGCCUCGGCCAGUCUCACGCAGCUGAAUUCCGAGCAAAUGGAUUUGACGCAGAAAUGCGGGUUUCCCGUCCAGGAGUCUCUGGGUGUCUCCCCAUCUGUCUGGAGCAGCUGGGCCAAAUCCCUCAGCCGCAGAUCCUCGGUGCAGAGUGCGAUUGGAUUGGACACUAAGAGCUCCACCUUUGAGGACCUCGACCCUCAUUACUCAGCGGUGGAGAGGAACAACCUGAUGAGACUGGCUCACACGAUACCGUUCACUCCCAUCUCUCUGCUAGCCGGGGAGGAAGUGAGCGUCUACAGCCUGGAGGAGUCCCUGGUGGCGGAGCUGGGUUCAGGGGAGCCCUCCUGGUCGCAGCGUGGCCUGACCGCGCUGCUGCAGCCUCUGUCCCACGAGGAGAUGGACGGGGGUCUGCGCAGGGCCACGCGGGUGGUCUGCACCUGGGCCGAGGGGGACAUCCUGAAGCCAGGGAGCGUCUACAUCAUCAAGGCCUUCCUCCCCGAGGUGGUUGAGGCCUGGCAGAGGACCUUCCCCGGCAACACACUGCUGCAUCUCUGCCUCAGGGAAAUCCAACAACAGCGAGCAGCACAGAAACUCAUGCACAUAUUCAACCAAAUCAAACCCCAUAGUAUCCCAUAUUCUCUCAGGUUCCUGGAUGUGUAUCUCCUGCACUGGCACUCCCAGGACCAGUGGCUCACCAUCGAGAGGAACAUGAGCGGGGACUUCAGGAAGUACAACAACAGCACGGGCGAGGAGGUCGCCCCCUGCUGCCUGCUGGAGGAGACUGCUCUGGCCUUCUCGCACUGGACAUACCAAUACACCAGAGGAGAGCUCCUGGUCCUGGAUCUACAAGGGGUGGGGUCAGACCUGACAGAUCCAGCAGUCAUCAGGUUGGAUAAUACAAGCUCACCUGGUGACACGGUGUUCGGACCGGCCAGCCUCGGGGAUGACACUAUCCAGAGCUUUGUCCGGAAGCACAUAUGCAACUCCUGCUGUGCCAAGCUGCAUCUGUCAGAUUUGAGGAGGAGCAACGCCUCGCCGGGAAAAAUAAACCCUGCCUUUGAAGAGGACAGUGCGGUGAUAAUGACCCGGCUUUGACCCCUGACCUGGAAGCAGAACUGGAAUCCAGUGAAAAUGAAUACUGGAACUUCUUUUUGAUUAGUCUGGGUUCACUCUCAGAGUGGGUUGCUUCUGUCCAGCUUUAUCAGCUAAACUGAGCCAUGUUAAAAGCUGAUUGUAGCGGC